UCCGCUCAUUUUCUUUCCCAGAAGAAAAAUAGAUUAUUUUCUAAAUGAGGACAAUCCAGUGACUGACUUCGAGAAGACUCCUUUUCUUUUCCUCCCUCAACCAAUUAGGGAGAAAUCUCAUCUACCUGAGGUGUCCCCUGCCUGCCCCUGGAAGCUUGGGUCCUUGUUCACUCAAGAGGUUAACGUUACUGGUGUUUUAAAAUUUAUCCUUAAGCCCCAACCUGCCUAUUUUUAUUCUGGGUCCAGGGGGCUUUAUUGGAAAUCAUGGGGGAGGGGGAAGGUUGCUGAAGGCUACAGUGUCCAAAGGCAAAGGAAAUUUGCUUUUCAAACGGAUGCGGAGAUCGCUAUUUCAUUGGGUUCAAGACAAGAUGCCCUGAAAAUAUAAGGUUGCCAUGGGUGUUCUUGUGCGUUGGGUUGUUAGUGGGGGCGGCACAGCUAGGGCUCCUUUACUUAGUAUUCAAGGAUGUGAAAUUUCUUUCUGCCACGCUGACAGCGGCGGCAGCUUUAGCCGCAAUUAGAACUCUUGGUUAGCAUUGUUUCGAUGAAUCGGGAAUUAGCAAAUUACUAUUCAGUUGCUUUUGGAAACUUGCAGGUUUGGUUUUGUUUCGUUCUAUCUUCUAUCUUUAGUGAGGGAAGUCGAGCCGUUUCUCCGACCAUGGGCCUUGUGGGUUAAAGGGAGGGACUGGUGAGGAGGACAGACUGAAGGACAUAAGGAAGCUCAUAGUACAACUAAAUGCGAUCUGGAAGGCGAAGUCUCCCCGAAUUAGUGCGUGAAUUUCCUAUCGAUCCGCCCGCGGUUCCAUUCAUCUCUGACAAGUCCCUCCGCGCACCCGCCCUCUCGCUCCCGACGCCUCCUCGCUCACCUCCUACCCCUCCCCAUCUGGCUGCACCGAGAAGCCCCAAGCUCAGCGCCCCUCUGACCUAGUGGGUACCCAUUUUAAGAAGGAACUCCUUGGUCCACCAACCACUUAAAACCCCACACAGACACCCAGUGCGUGAGCUCCCUCUCAUCCUGGGGAGGAGAUGGUGCCCUAUGGGAGACAGAGAACGCUUGGUGGAGGUUAGGUAGGGCAAGGGUGGGGGCUACACCCGGAGCCCCAACUUCUGAGGGAUGCAGGGAUUGUACUCUGCCCAGACCCCCCAAAACAGGCUCUUCACUCUUAACCUGCUCACUGUUUCUUAGCUCACAUCACCCUCUCUGUUGUGGAGAAAGCCAGGCGAGGAGGGGGUCGCCCCGCAGGAGCCCUAUGUAAAUCCUGGUGUUGGGUGGGUGGGGAGGGGUAGAGAAGGGGAAAUAAACCUCUUUGGCUGGAGUAGGGUCCGGGUGAGCAGAUUUCCUUAUCCGGGAAUCGCAGGCCGGGUGGCCAUUGGCUCGGAGGAUCACGUGGGCCUCUAACUUUGUUCACUUGACAGUAAGUAGGAGGGCUUUCGGAAACAGGAAAACGAGUCAGGGGUCGGAAUAAAUUUUAGUAUAUUUUGUGGGCAAUUCCCAGAAAUUAAUGGCUAUGAGUUCCUUUUUGAUCAACUCAAACUAUGUCGACCCCAAGUUCCCUCCGUGCGAGGAGUAUUCACAGAGCGAUUACCUACCCAGCGACCACUCGCCCGGGUACUACGCCGGCGGCCAGAGGCGAGAGAGCGGCUUCCAGCCGGAGGCGGCCUUUGGGCGCCGGGCGCCGUGCACUGUGCAGCGCUACGCGGCCUGCCGAGACCCCGGGCCCCCGCCACCUCCGCCGCCCCCGCCGCCCCCGCCACCGCCCGGGCUGUCCCCUCGGGCUCCCGUGCAGUCAACAGCCGGGGCCCUCCUCCCGGAGCCCGGGCAGCGCAGCGAGGCGGUCAGCAGCAGCCCCCCGCCGCCUCCCUGCGCCCAGAACCCCCUGCAUCCCAGCCCGUCCCACUCCGCGUGCAAAGAGCCCGUCGUCUACCCCUGGAUGCGCAAAGUUCACGUGAGCACGGUAAACCCCAAUUACGCCGGCGGGGAGCCCAAGCGCUCUCGAACCGCCUACACUCGCCAGCAGGUCCUGGAACUGGAGAAGGAGUUUCACUACAAUCGCUACCUGACGCGCCGCCGGAGGGUGGAGAUCGCCCACGCGCUCUGCCUGUCCGAGCGCCAGAUCAAGAUCUGGUUCCAGAAUCGGCGCAUGAAGUGGAAAAAAGACCACAAGUUGCCCAACACCAAGAUCCGCUCGGGUGGCACCGCGGGCGCAGCCGGAGGCCCCCCUGGCCGGCCCAACGGAGGCCCCCCUGCGCUCUAGUGCCCCCUAAGCAGGAGCUCGAACCUGGGGGGGUGGGGGGGAACAGCAAGCACCGAAGGGGGGGAUGUGGGGUAUGGGAGGGUCCCCGGGCUUGAGCCCAGAAAAACCUAUUUACCCUACCCCCACUUUAUCUAUAAGGAAUAAACACAGAGAACGGGGGUAGGGAAGCCUUAUUUAUAGAAACGACAAUGGGGAGCCGGAUAAAGUCCUCCAGAAGCAAGAUUCGAGUCUCUUGCUUUCUUCCUUUAAAAAAUGAGAGAGAGAAAGAGAAAAGAAAAAGAAGAAAGGAAGGGUCCGGAAGAAAAGAAGGAAGAAAGGAAAAGACAGAAGAGAAAUGGAGGAGGCUGUUCCGCCAGGUUUUCAGCUUUGGUGAAGAUGGAUCCACGCUUCAUCUUUAAUCAUGCCAGGCCUGGGCCCAUCUGUCUUGUUUACUCUGCCGAGGAGAAGACGAGCUUCGGUGGCGACCAUUACCUCGACACUUGGCUAACAAAUGAGGCCGGGCUCGGCCGCUGCCGCCGCCUCUGCUGCUGCCUGCCACUGCUGGACCACAGCCUGGAUUUUCUUUCUUUGUCCCCUACUCCUGACACCCAGCGAAUGCACCCUCAGACUGCCAGAUAGCACAGUGUUUUGGCCACGGUAACAAACACACACACUCACACACAUAACUUUCCUCCCUGUCUGUGCCCACUUUGGGGUGGGGGUGAGAAGACUGCUCAUUCCCUUCCACCACAGACUUAGAAGGGGGAACAGAAGGGAAGCGAGGGGCGGUCUGCACAACGUGGGUUCCCAAAUAUGAACCCAAGAAAUAAAUGAACAUUAAAAAAAAAAAAGAAAGAAAGCAAUUGGGACACUCAAGAGGGCCUUCUGUUCGGAGGUCCAGCAAGGCCUGCCAGAGUGAGGGGCAGUUGAGUUCUGGGAGCUGGGAAUGUCUUCUGGGCAGUUCAAGGUAGUAGAGCCGAGGCCUUCUCUUAGGUUACAAAUGAAUGUGAAAUUAGGAAAUAAAAUGCUGUGGCCCUCCUACUCUGGAAGGACAAUGUUGCAGAACCCUCUCCCGUUGUUAUCAUUGUUACAUCGUUUAUUAUUAUUAUUAAUAUUAUUAUUAUUAUUAUUUUAUGUCAUGUGUGUCCUCCUGUUCUCUUUCUGACAUUCCAAAACUAGGCCCCUUCCUACCUCUGGGGGCUGCCUGAGCCUAGAACCUUUUGUUGGUGUGAAAAUUUGUGUCCUGUACAGAGUGACAACAGAAAUAAAUGUUUGGUAUCUCAUGACCAUCA